GAGGGGGUCCAGGGGGGAGAACUUCGUAGCAGUCAUCCUUUUUAGGAAAAGAGGGAAAAAAUAAAGCCCUCCCCCACCACCUCCUUCUCCCCACCCCUCGCCGCACCACACACAGCGCGGGCUCCUCGCGCUCGGCACCGGCGGGCCAGGCGCGUCCUGCCUUCAUUUAUCAAGCAGCUUUUCGGAAAAAUGCAUUUGCUGUGGGGAGUUUAAUCAGAAGAGGAUUGCUGCCCCCGUGCCCGGCGCGUCCACCGGGCCCCCCGUCCCUGGGUCUCUCUCCCGGGGAGGCGUGGAGCGGUCCCGCGGACAGGGGUCCACGUCUGUGCCCGCGCGUGUGUGCGCGCGUGUAAAUUGCCGAGAGGGGGGAAAGGACUGAAAAUUGUAAUUCAUCGGCCGCCGCUGCUGCCUUUUUUUUUUUCUUCUUUUUUUUUUUCCUCGUGCUCUUGAGAUCUUGGGCUGGGAUUCUUGCGGAUUGACAUUUCUGUGAAGAAGUCUGGGAAUCAAUCUGGAAAUUCUCAUGUUUACCACCCUCCCCUGCCCCCUCUCCCCCCAACUCCUGAUUCGUUCGGAAGUUUUAAAGCAGCUAUAAUCCGAGAGUUCUGAAGAUCGGUGGACUCUACCUUAUGCAUUUGUUUUGUUUUCAUUAAAAAAGGAAACUUGACAGAGGAUCAUGCUGUCCUUAAAAAAUACAAGAUCACGAAGGAAGCAGACUGAUAUUGACAAUAAUUAAUAAUCAUGUGCCUCAUGCAAUAAAGAUCCGAAAGGAAUUUAACUAAAAAUUUCCUGCAUCUCAUGCCAAGAGGGAAACACCAGAAUCAAGUGUUCCGCGUGACUGAAGACACCCCCUCAUCCAAGAAUGCAAAGCACAUCCAAUAAAAUAGCUGGAUUAUAACGAUUCUGCUUUCCUUCGGGGCCGUGGGGCGGGAGAGGCGGCGAGAGGUGCUGUUGGUACCCGGCUGCAGUUUCCUCGAGGGAAGGAUGGCGCACGCCGGGAGAACAGGGUACGAUAACCGGGAGAUAGUGAUGAAGUACAUCCACUAUAAGCUGUCGCAGAGGGGCUACGAGUGGGAUGCCGGAGACGCGGGCGCCGCGUCCCCGGGGGCCGCCCCCGGGCCGGGCAUCUUCUCCUCCCAGCCCGAGCGCACCGCGGCGCCCGCCAGGACCUCGCCGCCGCCGCCGCUGGCCGCCCCCGCUGCCGCCGCAGGGCCUGCGCUCAGCCCCGUGCCACCUGUGGUCCACCUAACCCUGCGCCAGGCCGGCGACGACUUCUCCCGUCGCUACCGCCGCGACUUCGCCGAGAUGUCCAGCCAGCUGCAUCUGACGCCCUUCACCGCGAGGGGACGCUUUGCCACGGUGGUGGAGGAGCUUUUCAGGGAUGGGGUGAACUGGGGGAGGAUUGUGGCCUUCUUUGAGUUCGGUGGGGUCAUGUGUGUGGAGAGCGUCAACCGGGAGAUGUCGCCCCUGGUGGACAACAUCGCCCUGUGGAUGACUGAGUACCUGAACCGGCACCUGCACACCUGGAUCCAGGAUAACGGAGGCUGGGAUGCCUUUGUGGAACUGUAUGGCCCCAACAUGAGGCCUCUGUUCGAUUUCUCCUGGCUGUCUCUGAAGGCUCUGCUCAGUCUGGCCCUGGUGGGAGCUUGCAUCACCCUGGGUGCCUAUUUGGGCCACAAGUGAAGUCAGCAGGCCUGCCAUAAACAAAUAUGCAAAGGGUUCACUAAAGCAGUAGAAACAUAUGCAUUGUCAGUGAUAUACCAUGAAACGAAGCUAUAUUCCUUUCAAAACAAGCAAAUAAACAACAACAAACAAACAAAAAAACCCCACAAAAAAAACAAAAACAGCUUUCAGGCGCAACGUCGAAUCAGCUAUUUACUGCCAAAGGGAAAAACAAUUUAUUUUUUACAUUAUUGAGGAAAAAAAAAAGAUUUAUUUAUUUAAGACAGUCCCAUCUUUGGAAACGCGACCGCUAAUUGCCAAGCCCCACCUGUGCCGCUCCACCUGGAUCCCCUGUGCCUAUAAAAGGAUUUGCUUUCUAUGUUGUUGGCUGGACUGACUCACCAUCUGAAGAGCAGACAAACUGACAAAGGACGUGACUGUUCCAGCAGCCGGGUUUCCGGCUGCUGGGGGUUUGGGAGAAGAUGUUCGUUUUCCUUGCAUUUAUUUGCCCCAGAGGCUGUGAUAUUAAUUGAGGGAGGUGCUUGGAGGCCAAGUGCAUUCUUCCCUGGCCGGAAGAACAGACACUGCAUAUGGUUCACAUGGUACAUACCCGGUUGGAAGAAAACAAUUGGGAACUUCAGAUGGACUUGGUAUCUGCCAAGAUUUCCACACGGAAGGACAAUGAUAGGAAACAAAUGCCCUUAAACCCUAGGAGAGUAUUUUUUUAAGCUACCAAUUGUGCCGAGAAGCAUUUUAGCAAUUUAUACAAUAUCAUCCAGUACCUUAAGCCCUGAUGUGUAUAGUCAUAUAUUUUGGAUACGCUCCCCCCCUCCAAAAACUGGCUCUGUGUAUGAAACCGAAUCCUCUGGAAUGCGAGGAAGUGAACGUUUCGGUGACUUCUUCGGCACCAGCAAGGCUAGAAUUACCCAGAAGCAUCAGGCCGCCACAAGUGCCUGCUUUUCCGCAAGAGGCUGUAGUGUGAAGUCCUGCCUUGCCCCAGCUCGGAGGCCUCAUGCUGGAACUGAGCCUGGCCGCUCGCUGGCCUGCUCGAGGGGUUUUUAAAUGGAGCAGUGUGGUCUCCCAACGUCUGGAAGCUGACAGAGCUCAGAAUUACACUGUCAAGAAAGAAUCGUAGGAGGCCUGAGCCUGGUACCCUGGGGCCCUCCAGUUAGGCCCUUUUCCACGUGGAGCGUGGAGCCUGGGAGCCAACGCUCCUAAGACAUGUAUCACUUGUAAGAUGUGUAUCACUGUGGAGGGAGGGCAACAGAGGCCCCGCGCCUUUCAUAGCAGAGAGCGGUGGUGAAGGCAAGGGAGUGUGCCACCACUUAACAGAAACGCAAAAGAGAGGAGACAUCGGUGGCCUGUAAGCAGUGCGGCCGCGGAGUGUGCACGUUGGCUGCCCACCUGCCUGUGCAGUUUAGAGCAAGGCUUUAAAAUGACUUUGGGGAGGGUCGUAAAUCCUGAAGGAGGCGUUGAAAUGAGGUGUCAUCGAUUAAUUGACCUAUGUCUAUGGAAUUAGGUUGUAAAACAUUAUCUUGUCAUUGUAGUUUGGUUUUAUUUGAAAACCUGACAGAGGAAAAAAAGAAAAAAAGGUCCCAGGUGUGGAGUGUGGGGAUUAUCUGUACAUCCUGGGCAUUAGAAAAAAAAAAAAAGUGUUGGAAAACUCUAGACAAGUAGUAAAAGAGGUGUAUCUUCAGCUAAUAAACUAGGAAGUAUUUUUUCAAGUUUAGAAAGCCUUGAGACGGUGUCUACACGUGGAAUAACUGUGGCAUUAUUGCAUCAUAAAGCAUUUAUCUGUAUUAACUUUGGAAUGCAAUAUGUUCAAUGUUUAGUGCUGUGGUUGAUAUUUCAAAAGCUGCUUUAAAAAAAAUACAUGCAUCUCAGCAUUUUUUUUUAAUUGUAUUUAGUUAUGGCCUCUACACUAUUUGUUAGCAAAAAUGAUCAUUUUUUCUAAAUUUGAGAUUAUUGCCUCUUAAUUCUUUAAAAGCAUUUCUAAGAAGAUGAGAUAAGCCCUGGGUCUCAGCUACCUGAGAAACCCUGGAGCACGCUGGCCAUGGCCAUGAAGGCGGGCGCUUUGUUUGAACCAAGCUAUGUGCACUUCAUGUCAACACAGUUGUGUAUUGUGAGGGGAGUAUCUGUUGUCCCUUUGACCUUGUUCCUUGAGGGCUUAUUGGUCCCUGGGCAAAUCAGAAUUGAACUCACAUUAUUUAGGAUUGCUUGCCUGUUUGGUUAAACCCAUGAGGUUCAUUCAGGUUGAAAAUCCAGAUGGGAAGUGCCCGGGGGCUAUGGUGGUUUGACCUUUAGAGAGUUGCUUUACCCGGCCUGUUUCCACAGAGACUCACCUGGAGCCCUCCUGCCCUCCUUCUGUAGGGCCUUUUUCCGUGGCUGUCCUUCAUGUUCUUCCUGAAAUGCAGUGGCACUCACGCCCCACACCAAGAAAGCAGGAAACCCCAUGCUAUGAAGCCAGACCUCCCUGGCGGGCCUCAGGGAACAGGACGAUCAGACCUUUGAAUGAUUCUGAUUUUUAAGAGAAAUAUUAUUUUAUGAAAGGUUUACAUUAUCAAAAGUGAUGAAUAUGGAAUAUCAGAUCCUGUGCUGCUAUCCUGCCAAAAUCAUGUUAAUGGAGUCAGUUUGCAGUACACUCCAAGUGGCGAGAUCCUCCAAGCUGCUUUAAAAAAUAACAAUGAAAAAAAUGGACAUUUUUAAUAUAAAGCCGUUUGUCUUUUAUUGUUAUUUUUUUGUUGUUAUUGUUUAAACUGGGAUUUGCAGAAUAUUCUACAAAAUGUAUAUAUAUAUUAAAAACAAAAAAAAAACAAAAACUCAUGGGGGCUACCUUCUGGCUGGUUUCCUUUUGCUGUGGGGUUUUGUUAUCUGGUUUUCAUGGUGAAUGUGCCCAGCCGCCUGACCCCACAACUGUACAGUAUUGUGGCUGCACUCACCCUAACAGUAGUUCUGUUUCAUUUUUCUUGUUGUUAAAAAUAUGUUAGAAGCAAUGAAUGUAUAUAAAAGCUUCAACUAGUUAA